CCCCCGCCCCCCCCGCCCGUGGGCGGGUUCUCUGUGAGUCUUCUCCACUCCCACGCGCGCGCUUCCCUCUACUUCAACAAACCCACUGAGGCGCACGUGGAGCGGUACUAUAGUGGGGCGGUUGGGUUGCACGCGCACUCAGUCCAGCGAACUUUUCAAUGGUUCGGUCUCGUGUCCAAUGCCGUCAUCAGCUGCACGCGCCACAGAACUUUGUGAUAGAAGUUGAUUAAACUGCAGACGUGCCUCCGAGGAUGAACGCCGCCUGACUGCCUGCGCCUCGGUCAUCUGCCCCGCGCUCCAGGCUGAGUCCUUCCACAGAAGGAUGGUCGACAAGGGCCCGCUGCUAACUUCUGCCAUCAUCUUCUACCUCUCGAUUGGGGCAGCAAUAUUUCAAGUGCUGGAGGAGCCCAACUGGAAGCAGGCUGCAAAGCUUUACAGAGAGCAGAAGGAUAAAAUCCUGGAGGAGUACCCCUGCCUCUCCAGAGAGGAUCUGGACAGAAUAUUAGAGGUGGUGUCAGACGCUGCAGGCCAAGGGGUCACAAUAACUGGUAGCAAGACUUUCAACAACUGGAACUGGCCAAAUGCUGUCAUCUUUGCUGCCACAGUUAUCACCACAAUUGGAUAUGGCAACAUUGCUCCAAAAACUUCAUCUGGCAGAGUAUUUUGCAUCUUCUAUGGACUGUUUGGAGUGCCGUUGUGUCUUACCUGGAUCAGUGAGCUGGGGAAAUUUUUUGGUGGCAGAGCAAAGCACCUUGGCCAAUAUUUAACCAAAAAAGGGUUUUCAUUGAGAAAAGCUCAGUUUACCUGCACUGCUAUCUUUCUCCUUUGGGGAGUGUUGGUCCAUUUAGUCCUUCCACCAUUUGUAUUUAUGUCACAGGAGGGCUGGACUUAUAUUGAGGGCUUGUACUUCUCAUUUGUAACUUUGACCACAAUUGGUUUUGGAGACUUGGUAGCAGGUGUGGAACCAAACAAAGAAUAUCCAACUUUGUAUCGCUACUUUGUAGAGGUAUGGAUUUAUCUGGGACUGGCCUGGCUUUCAUUGUUUUUUAACUGGAAAGUGCGCAUGGUUAUUGAAGCCCAUAAAGCUUUAAAGAAACGGCGCAAGCUUCGUAAGCUCUCCCUUGAGGAGCUGCGCCAGUACAAGGAGGCUUACAAAGCUUCUCUUCACUUGUCACCCACUCCUAAUGAUGUAAACAUUUUUAGUUUUUUGUCCAAAAAAAAGGAGGGCUACAAUGACUUGAUAAAGCAGAUUGGCAGCAAAAAAGAUAGCCGGACUAGACUUGCAACUGGUGAUUCAAACAACAAGUCCAAAGAGAUCAAUAGAUCCAAGAGUUGCAAUGAUGCUCCUGUGUUUAAUGAGCAUACCAUCUUGAGCCUUGACCGUUCACCACGCCAGAAGAGACGUUAUAGCUUUAGUGACCGGGUCACUGUUGCUUUUUCAAAGUCAAAGAAUUACCUUCUUGGUUCAGACAAUGGGUUGCUUCUUACAGAGGAACAAAUGGAUCCAGACAUGGACCAGAACCAACUUUAUGAGAAUCAACUUGACAAAGAGGCUGAGCUUGGGAAUAGAGAUUUGGGAAGGUGUGGAGCAGAAUGCCGGAAAAUUUGGGAGUCUAAGGAAUAUCAUCCCCUAACUUUCCAAAAUGCAAACAUUACUUUUGUUGAUGAGGAAAACUUGCUCAGUAAUAAUUUAGAGGAGCUGGAGGAUGAUGAUGACGACAACGACAACUCUAAGGCAAAACUCUCCAUUACCACAUGUGAUGAAAACACUGAAACCCACUACAAGGAAAAUCAAGGCUCUGAAUCGGAAGGCUCUGUAUUCACCAGUGACGGUUCAGAACACGGCCGCUCCUAUGAGAAGCUGGUGGAGGAAUAUGCAAAAGAAGAUAACACAGAUGCCUGAUCAGUGUGAGACGCAUCUUAAUGUUGGCAGGCAUCAACUUUUGUGUUCAUUUCAAAGAUGACUAAAUGUCCCAUUGCACCUUAAAGGUCGACAAUAUCAAACUUUGUCAUGCCUUCGUGUAUCAGAUAUGAAAGUUAAUUUGUUCAGACAAUGUGAGGAACACAAGUUAAACCCCAGAGGUUUUUAUCAUCUGCUGUACUUGUUUUCCCUAAAUGGUUUUUGGACAGUUUUUUUUUUUUUUUGUAAUGUCCAUGUAUGUUUUUUUCCCAGAGUAAUUUUUAGAUCCUACUCAUAGGCUGAAAUUCUUUCUUUGAGCUUCAAUUAUUUCUAUUCACCAUAUUGGUGUUUUAAUAGUAUUUAUUGAAAUAAAGGAAGUGGUAGCUUUUUUCUGAACAGCUGUAAGUUUGUUUUUUGAAAUUGCACAAUUUAAUCAAAUAAUAAAUGCAAGUAUAAACUAUUUAUAACCACACUAAAGAACUGUCUUUAAAAAGGGGUUAAGGAGGGUCUUCAUGGUGUCUUUCUUGUUGUAAUUUGUUUUGUGAAUGAUUUGAUAUGUCAUCUACUUGUUGGAAUUAUGAGCAACUGAACUGCUACUGCGAAGGAAGAGGUGCCUCAUUUGAAAGGGGCCACAAACUUUACAAAAGUUUAAGUGAACAAACAUUACAAAUGGAAAUUGGCUUUAAAAAAUGUAAAAUAUUUGUUGGUAUAUACAUCUCAAGAUCUUAAGAUAUUUUUGUCACCGACACUGAUUCAGUCAAGUUUAACUGUUUGAAUACCACUCGACAGCAUCAUCACUAAUACAUGCGGUCACUUUGGACUCAACACAACAUUUAAAUUUUUGGUCUCAACACUCUUCCACCCAAUUGUAUUGACUUUGUAAAUACUGGCCUGUUGUUAAUCACAAGCACACAGAACUCACCCUUGCUACCUGUUUACUAUAGGCGAGGCUAGCACCAGGCCAAUUGACUGAAUUACCGUUAAGCCAAAGUUUUCCUGUGGGAGAUUAAUGCUAUAUAGAAAAACGGGCCAAGUCAUGAAGCCAAGUGGACAGAAGCAGCUCCUCACUCAUUAUUUCAUAAGUUCCUAAUCACUCGUGCCCACAUAUAUUUUUCAGAUAAAUUGCAAGUGUGGAGCUUUUCUUAAAGCCAAUUGCAAGUUGAUAAGUUUUAUCCCUUUUUUGUUCUAACUACAAAAAAACAUUCACAGUUCUAAUUCUACUCUAAACAGCCUCAAUUAAACUGUGAGACAGAAGAUGUGCAGAGCAGCAUAAAAGCUGGUGAAAAUGUUGUGUAGAAAUGUAGCCAUUGCUACCAUGAUGAAAGGUGCCUUUUAUUUUUAGACCUCCUCACUGUUUCAUAGCAUUUCUGCUUUCAUUAACAAAAGCCAUUUAUUCCUGCAUAUUUUGCAACAUUAUUGUGUAGCAAAGGUACCUAUAUGAGCCAAAUACCAACCACAUGUCCAAACAAUUAACAAAGAACAGCUAUACUGGUGGCUUCGCUGUGUGAAAACUCCAUAUUGACUGCUAAAUUUUGUUUUUUUUGUUAUUAAAAUAUUUGUUUGUUUAUGAAUACCAUGAAGUUAAAUUGUACAUUGUUUUUUAGCAUAUUAAAGUCCCCCUCUGAUGAAAA